AUGAUCACUUGUAUUAAUAGCGAGGAUGCUCCAUCUGAUGAAAUGUUUAGACUAAUUGUUACACAACCACUUGAUAGAAAUCAAGUCACUGAACAAACUUUGAAGCAUAAACUUUCUAGGCCUAUUUCUUUAGUGAGAUCAGUUAUAUUACAUGAUGAGUCCAUCUUAAAUAACGCAAUUGAGAGCUCUACGCAGAAAUUAGCUUAUUGGAUUGAUGAGACUAUGAAAAUCUGA